UGCGAAUCUGAUCUGAAACGUAUCCACUCGUUGCUGUAAACCGAUUCAUCAGUUACUGUUCAUCAUUGCCGUUGAACGGUUGGGGUUUUUCGUUCAUUCAUUCAGUGUUCGCUCUAUGCUAACAAAUAUUGGAUCCACCGAAUUGAGCGGCGUGUCUGUCUCGAACUCAACGUUGGUCGUAGUGCAGACUGCAGACACAUUAUUUUAGAUUCAUUCGCUUGCCAAAGCGGUCGGGUCGGCACAAACAAUUUCGUUCAUCCUGGCCGCGAAUGUGUUGGUUUUGUAGCUAUACGACCAAAGUGUCGACCAAAAAACCGUAAAAGUGAUUGCUCGUAUACGUCCUCCGUGUUCUAGUUUCAAUCGAGGACGACUACAUCGUGACUGCAUUGUUGUUGUUGUGCGUAACUAAAAACCAGAAAAGUGUUGCAUUUUUUUUCGCCCGGCGCAGUGAGCCCGACUGUGAACUCUUACUUUCUCCCACCCUUUUGGACGCCCACCGUCGUCGCCAUUCACCACCACCGUCAUCCACCCACUCCAGUGCUGUGCUGCUGUCAGACGGCUCCCUGUUUGGAGGGUUUUCUCAUGGAAAAGUGCGUACUGUCGUGUCGGCUUCGGAUAAAGUUAUUUUGACGUCUAUGUGGUUUCAGUUUAUCGAUGUAAUUGAACACUUUCGCCCAGGUAAAUUACGUGAUUAUUGAGCAGUUUAUUCAAGUGCAAAUACAUGUACCGAAGAAGCUCAAGUAAGUUACAGUGAUACAGAGAAAAGGGUCCAUCGACAGAAACUGGUCAGUGGUUGGAGGAUCCGGUUUUGGAGUGUUGUGGAACUAAAAGGCUGAUAGUGAAAUAACAACAGAACUAAGCGUAAAGGAAUCUGCUACCCAGUAAGCCAUCACUCAAUGGAAACAUCAACCCAUCCAUCUGGCGGAUAGUAGGGACAGAGUGAUAUCUAUCACAGGAUUAUCGUUCUCCCAAUCGACAUACGCACGAGCCAAUCCAACGAGCCCUGAUUCGAUCAAACAUUCGGUUCCGGUGGUGGAAAUAUAGAAAUGGCCCGGCACAUUGUGGCGGUGUGUGUUGUAUGUUUGCUGUGUGCCGAUCAUCUACCCUGCAAACAGCACGAUGACGAACAACUGGGGGGACGGUUAUCAUCCGUGGUCGGUGCAAACACAGUCUACCGCAGAGAACUGGACUUCCGGCUGUUAGACGGGGCGCGGUUCGUUCACGAGAAAGCUCGCGUUGUUAAGCGCCAUGCACACGGACACGAUCAUCACCACCACGGCCACGAUCACGUUCACGGUGAGGACGAUGAGGAUGACGAUAGUCUGUAUAAUCGAGCGGUGAAAGAGAAGCUGGACAGUUUCAUGCAGAAAAUUUUCCUCGAGUUUGGAGAUCCUCAGUCGAUGACGAUGGACGUGAAAGGAUUCGAGAGUAUGAUGAAACGAUUAAACAUGUAUCGACUGGUGACGGAAGAGGCAGCUAGCAGUUUACCCUUAUCACGAGUGGAGACAAAUCACGCCGAUGGAGAUGAAGGAGCGUGUAUCAACAGUGUCGAUUUCCUGCGGCAAGUCAAGAAUCCCAAAUCACAAACGACUAAUAUCUCCCGAACAACAUACGACAGUAUAGCGGGCGAGAGUAGCAGCAGUGGCAGUAGUAAAACCACCAGCAGCAAUAGCAGUAGUAGCUCUAACUCUAGUGAUAAAAUGGCCAAUAAGACUAAUCUAACCAGCACCAACAAAAACAAUAACAAUAACAACAACAAUAGCAGCAGUAGCAAUAGUAGUAUCAUGAGCGAACUGGAUCGAUUGAAGGCAUCUAUUCGGUUGGAUCGAGACGAUCUGUUCAAUAUUUGUCCAAUUCUGCUCGCCCAGCUCUCGUCAAAGACCUCCCGAGAGCGGGCCGGAUGCAUCGAUCCCAGUAGUGUCCCUCAGUGGGGAAAUCUGGUUGGAGGAUCGUCAAUUUCUUCCGUCCACCAUCAGGGGGAACACGGGCAUGGCGAAGAUUCGAUAGAACUAUCCGUAUGGAUCUAUUCCACGCUAGCGAUACUAGGUGUGAGUUUGUGUGGUUUACUGGGUGUAGCUGUGAUACCUUGCAUGGAUAAACAUUUCUAUCAUCAUGUUCUGCAGUUUUUGGUGGCACUUGCCAUUGGUACACUGUGCGGAGAUGCCCUCUUGCAUUUACUACCGCAUGCGAUGAUGGCCCAAACAACGAUCGGUAACUCUCACGACGAUAUGAUGUACAAAGGGUUGGCAGCUGUUGCGGGGAUAGUAUUUUUCUACUUCAUGGAACGUUUCCUAACUGUCGUGGCCGAGUGGUACAAACACGAGGAGAAGAGCACUAAACCCUCGUCAAGAGUUCGAGUAAUACGCGACCCCGAUUCUGCUUCGCUGCAUAAUGUCCCAGGCGGGGAGAAACAGUGCAAGCAUAAGUAUAGUUCCUACCCCUAUUGUUAUGAUGAAAUCGCAAUGGAUACUAAAGAUGACCACCACGAGCACAUUCAUGUGUCGAAUCAUCACAAUAACCACAACAGCGCUUCAGCUAAGUGUGCAAACCACGGAGAGCACGGAGAUCACACCGGCGAGUACGUAUCACUUCAUCAAAGCAACGGCAAGGAGGAUGCCGUCAAUCAAGAUAACAAUACAGUUUCCACAAACCUAGAUGAUGGAUCCAUCGAGAGCGAACAAGGGAACCACAAAGCUAAGCUGCGACCGGAAAAUUACACCAUUAUUUUGCGCGAACAUGAAACCAAACACCACGGACACUCGCACGCUCACGGUCACGUGCACUCGCCGCCAGAAUCACUAUCAGCGGUAGCCUGGAUGGUUAUCAUGGGUGAUGGUUUGCAUAAUUUCACCGACGGAAUGACGAUAGGUGCUGCGUUCGCAAACAAUAUUGCCGGUGGGUUUUCCACCGCUAUUGCGGUGUUUUGCCACGAGCUGCCCCAUGAGCUGGGCGAUUUUGCCGUUCUGUUGAAGGCGGGAAUGUCCGCUCGGGAUGCCGUGUACUACAAUCUGCUGUCGUCGAUUCUGAGUUUUAUCGGAAUGUUGCUCGGGAUUUUUGUCGGCCAUCAACCGGAGGCUUCGGCGUGGAUAUUUUCAGUGGCGGCAGGGCUGUUCCUGUACAUUGCACUGGUGGAUAUGAUCCCAGAGCUGACGUCCUCCCAUGGGGCAGAGGAACGCUGUAAAACGUACGAGUUCCUGCUGCAGUUCCUCGGCAUGACCGCCGGCUUUGGCAUUAUGCUACUGAUUGCCACCUACGAACAUGAUCUCAAAGAACUUUUUGUCGACUAGAAUGGCGCUGGUUCUCUGAUCUGGCCCAACACCACCACUGCAUAAUAUUAUUACUGUCCCGGAAUACAUGGGGAAUGAACCCAGAGUGCACGCGAUGACGAGUGAGGUUGAUACUUUUCUCAACUUGGAUGCGUGGUUGAGCUGUUGUAGCUGUUUGGACUGCUGCAGGUAAGACUUACUAUAAUGUUGCAACGGAUGCAAGCCGAUGUCUAAGCUGUCGAUAAGAAUGAUUAUGCUAUGUAUGAAAUAAGCACAUUCAUCAUUCAUUAUCCAAUUAACGUUUAAGCAAAAUGUUCGAGAUAUUGUGAAUAUUUCAUUGUAGGGACACCUGAUUAUUCGUAAAGAUUACCAUAGGGCGGCUUUUCUGUUUAUAAAAUUUCAUCGAAUUUAGUUCAUCGCGAGUGAGAAACAAAUUUCUUUACAAACCAAAAAGUGUUAUUUUAAAUUGUAAAAAAAAAUAGUUUGGCAUAUUUUUUCUGACAUGUUCUUUCGUUUAUGUAAACCGUUCACUUCUACCGGUCGUAAUUAUUAGGUAGCAAAUUAGCGCUCCAGAGAGCUAUUUACAUAAGAUAUCCCAGCGCAGGCCCACAAAACUCCACCUUUCGCUAGAAGUUUUUACUUAGCAGGUCACAUUGCUUAAACUCCACCUCGCAGCAUAGAUUCUGAGAUCCCAUAUGUUUCUUUUUCCCUUGAAAAAGCUAACAAACUAAACUUACAAAGAAAGCAAAUAAUGCAUUUAACACAGGAUCUAAGAGUAGAAGGACCAAUCCUACAAAAGAAAAAGGUGUUUUUUAAUUAUCCUAGUUUUUACCUUGGUUCGCUUUUGCACACCUUCUUUAGUUUCUUAGCUUUAAGUAGGAUUAACCAAUUUUAGUAACCUUUUUUUUUUCUUAAAAUUAUAAUGCUUAAUUUAAGUAUUAGAUAAAAGCGCUCGGUUUUGAUGCGUUCGUUUAAAAUAAUCCUUAGUUGCAAGCGGAAAAGAGAAACAUUAGUGAAUCUAUGAAACGAUCAAUAAAAUCUUUAGAUUCAAAUAAAAA